AUGUCCCUCAGCCGCAUCCUCAACGACGAGCCCGCAGGCUCGCCCCGUCUCAUUCGUCCGUUGCAGAUAGGCCCUUCAUCGAGUUCGCUGCCCGUGGAUCAUUCCAUGGUAUCGCCAACGUCGCCCUCGAAUUACUUAUCUCCUCGUACGCAACGCUCGAGCCACUUCGACCGCCGCGACGACUUUCCGCAGCCUUCCCGGAGCCACUACUCGCCAAAGUCGUAUCAGCCUUCUCCUGGUUGGGAUCAGUAUUCCAGCGAUUAUCCUCACGGCAACCCAACAUCACCAAGAUAUGUGCACGGCAGUCGGUACCCGGAACGUGAAUCUCGCGAACGUGGUGGUGAUUUGCCCCCACCUCCUUACCAGCAAGAUUCCGACGAUGACGUGCAGCCCAAGAAGCGCAGACGCGGUGACAUUAACGACGGAGACUACAAACCUUCGUCUCAAAAGCGAACUACUCGAAGGAGCUCUGCGAGAGGAAAACAACCGCCGCGUCCUCCGUCCCCUAUUUCCGACCUCUCCGUACAUAACCUGCGCGACAACCCUCAUAUCAUCACAGAGGAGGAGCGGCGACUCGCAUCUUCUGACUUAGAAGACUGCGAAGACGUGUGGCUCCAUGAUCUGGGUGAGUACAUCUUUGCAACUCAACGGCGCCAAAGCGCUGUGGAGAAGCAGUUCGAGGCGACUCAGGCAGCCCGUAACGCGCAGACGACACUCCAGCUUUCCGAGUAUUACAAGGCGAGAUUAGAACGGCUCCCCCUUCCUCCUCCUACUCCCCCUGCUCCUUCCCGCGCCCGCGACAUUGGUUUGCACGGGACUUCACCUAUAGAUGGGUAUGCCGACGACCUUCCGUUUGCCGACAAUGGCAUUUCAUAUUCACGCCAGGACGGAAUCGCCCGUUUCGUCGAUGACCCCGUCUCAGACCCAGCUAUCCCUGCAAAGAAGAGGAAAAGCAAAGACAAGCGUCAAGAUCAACGCUUCGAUCUACCAAAUGAAAGUGAUCUGCUGAAUGGAUUGCUGGAUGGCCCGGUACCGGCCAAGAAACGCAAGCUUAACAGAUCCGCUCCUGUACCAAUGGAAGAUAAUGAACCUAUGCUGGAGUCUGCGUCGGCUGCACGGGGACUGGCUCGGCUUGGAGACAAGGACAAAGCGAAUGCACAAUCAUCUCGCGAGCUCAGCCAAGAUAAUGUAGUGGCGACGCCCAAAAGUCGCAAGGGUAAACCACGUAGGAAACUCGCCCCAGACACACUGGAUCAUCUUGGCAUCGCGGAUUCGGUGUCUGCUUCUGGAGAAGUCACCCCGGUACUGUCGCGUCCAUCUUCUCCUUCCGCUGGCCAGCCAUAUGCAAUCAUUUACGACCUCGACGAGGAUAUUCCUGUCCUCAAAAAAGCCAAGAAGGUCGACGAAAGCCAGAUGAUGAAGCGUGUCAAAACAUUAGAAGAGGCUCAGCGCAAAGUGUGGACUAAUAUUGCUCGUCGGGACGUCGCAAAAGUAUAUAAGUACCACGCUACGGGUUACACAGCUAGGAAGAAUCAAGCUGAGCGCCUUGCUCGUCUUGCGUCCGUGCAGGCGCGAAAACCCGUCCAAAAGGCUCCUAAGUCUACCAAGGACAUGCAGGCAAAGGCCAGGCGAUUGAUGCGAGAGAUGCAGGUAUUCUGGAAGAAGAACGAACGUGAAGAGCGUGAUGUACGAAAACGGGAGCAGAAGGAAGCUAUUGACAGAGCCAAGGUCGAGGAGGAGAAGAGAGAAGCCGCGAGGCAGGCAAGGAAGCUCGAAUUCUUGAUCAGUCAAACGGAGUUGUACAGCCAUUUCGUUGGCAACAAACUGAAGACGGCUGAGGCUGAAGGUGAAAGCGAGGCUCCUGCAGCCCCGAAGGGCGCGAAUCUAGAGCUUGACCCCACCACCUUGGGCGAGAUUGAUUUCGACGAUGAGGACCAAACCAACCUCUACCGCCAUGCCAAACACAACGCCGAAGAAGCUAUUGCGCUGGCCAAGGAGCGUGCAGCACAGUUCGACGUACAGGCUGCAUUGGAUCGUAAGACGAACGAAGCACUCAAGCUGGCCAAGGGUCAGGCCAACGUUCGUGAAGAAACGGAAGAAUCCCCAGGAUCACCUAAGGGACCGCUGAUGGACCUUGAUUCAAACGAACUUAACUUCCAGAAUCCCUCGUCUCUGAGCGGACCUCUGACCAUUGGUCAGCCCGGAAUGCUGAUGGCUCAGCUCAAGGAAUAUCAGCUGAAGGGCUUGAACUGGCUUGCUACGCUCUACGAGCAGGGUAUUAAUGGCAUCCUUGCUGACGAGAUGGGUCUUGGAAAGACCGUCCAAUCAAUAUCUCUACUUGCAUAUCUCGCAGAAACCCACGACAUAUGGGGUCCAUUCUUAGUCGUUGCACCUGCUUCGACGUUGCACAAUUGGCAGCAGGAGCUCACUCGAUUCGUUCCCCGGCUCAAAGCAUUACCAUAUUGGGGUAAUGUCAAGGACCGUGCUACACUGCGGAAAUUCUGGAGUAAGAAGGAAAUCAGUUAUAACCAAGAUGCGCCGUUCCAUGUUCUGAUCACCAGCUACCAACUUGUCACUCAAGAUCAGCAGUACUUCCAGCGGGUCAAGUGGCAAUACAUGAUCCUAGACGAAGCGCAGAAUAUCAAGAACUCGCAGAGUGUGCGAUGGAAGACUUUGCUUGGGUUCCAUUGCCGCAACCGGCUUCUUCUCACCGGCACACCAAUUCAAAAUUCCAUGCAAGAACUUUGGGCACUACUCCACUUUAUCAUGCCAAGUUUGUUUGAUUCGCAUGACGAGUUCAACGAAUGGUUCUCCAAGGAUAUUGAGAAUGUUGCCGAAAACAAAGGGAGCAAGCUUAAUGAACAUCAGCUGCGACGACUGCAUAUGAUCUUGAAGCCCUUCAUGUUGAGACGAGUUAAGCGUCAUGUACAGAACGAAUUAAGUGAGAAGAUCGAAAAGGAUAUCUACGUCGAUCUGAGUGCAAGGCAGCGGGCGCUGUACAAGGCCCUUCUUGCAAACGUCUCUGUCACUGAUCUCUUAGAGAAAGCUGCGAACAUUGGCGACGCUGACUCCGCUCGGUCGCUAAUGAACCUCGUCAUGCAGUUCCGAAAGGUGUGCAACCAUCCGGAGCUCUUCGAACGGGCCGACGUCGUUGCUCCAUUUUCAUUCUGCCAUUUUGGACGGCCUGGUCCCUUGUCACGCGAGGGAGAUUUUGUCGCGUUGCCGUACUCAUCGCGCAGCCCUGUGAAUUAUACCAUUCCCCAGCUAUUGUAUCAAGAGGGCGGGCUUCUCGAUCGACCUUACGAGCUCUCCAAGUCUCCUUCACAAUCAAGUAUCCUGUCCAAACUCAUGAACAUAUGGUCGACGGAUUGGUUGCAUAAAUCCAUCUACGACGAUGUUCAUGGCUCGUUCUCUUUCCUUCGCUUUGCCGACAUUUCUGUGCAAGAAGCGCACGCCCUGCAUCUCGCUCCCUUGAUCAUCCGCCGGCUCUUAGCCACCCAGGAUGAAGCCCGAAUUUGUGAAAACGGCCCUUACCUCUUCGACUCCGAUUUUGCUGCUUCGAUUACUCCUAGAACGUCUUUCGCCAUCCCUAAACUCACAUUCUUGGAUUCUUCUGACAUUCUUCCCUCAUUGCAAAGCAUCACAUCAUCCGCGUGGAGCCAGUCAUGUCUAUCUCGCCCUGGGCUCAAGUGGUUCGUACCCCCGGUCGUGGCCCCCCCAAUAACAAUACAUUGCUCGGAUCGAAGUUUCGUGGAAUCACAAACCCGACUAGUGGAAGCACCAUUGGAAUCUCUAUCCCUCUACGGCCUCCCCCCACAAUUACAGGAAGUGCAGACCGCUUGUGACAUGUACACCGAGCGCCUCCCUGGCCUUCCCGUCAAAGGUUUAUUCGGCUCAUCGCCAAGGGAUCAAUUGCCCCCAACCUACAUGCAAGUGCCAGAGGCGAAGCGGCUUAUCUAUGAUUCGGCCAAGUUAGCUCGUCUUGAUUCCCUCCUACAAGAAUUAAAGGCCGGUGACCAUCGAGUGCUCGUGUACUUCCAAAUGACCCGGAUGAUGGAUCUCAUGGAGGAAUAUCUGAUCUACCGUCAGUACAAAUAUCUACGGUUGGACGGCUCUUCGAAGCUGGAGGACCGACGAGAUAUGGUGAUUGAUUGGCAGACGAAGCCUGACAUCUUCGUUUUCUUGUUGAGUACGAGGGCCGGUGGUUUGGGCAUCAACCUUACGGCUGCAGACACUGUGAUAUUCUAUGACCAUGAUUGGAAUCCCUCCAAUGAUGCUCAAGCCAUGGAUCGAGCGCAUCGACUUGGUCAAACCCGCCAGGUCACGGUUUACCGAUUGAUUACCAAAGGAACUAUAGAUGAACGUAUCGUACAACUAGCGCGGGUUAAGAAAGACGUGCAAGAUAUCGUGGUUGGGAACAAGACUCUGACAGAUGUCGCCAAACCGAGGGAAAUCGUACAGCUGCUACUUAAUGAUGAGCAGCUGGCCUCUCUGGAUCAAUCCGCACCCGGGCUAUCGGAGCAGCAAUCGGAUAAACCUCGACAAGGCGAGGGCAACAGCGCAGCUGGUAGGGAUUUGUGGAACGAUGAAGGAGACGACUUUUUUGGACAUUCUGCACCGCAACCUAACGCUGCCGAAAUUGCUGAUGAAGACGCGUCGACGCCUGUGCCAGUUGCUACGACGCGAGUCAAGAAGCGCAGAGCUACUGGAGCAGCUACGCGUGGUCGUAAAACAGGUGGUGGCCGUAGGUCGGGGACGACGACGGGGCAAGCCACACCAAAUGUGCCUUGA